AUGACUGUUAAUAAUUUGAAAAAAAAAAUACCUUAUGACGCAUGCUCUGAGGAUAACUCGAAAUCUUCUUUUGUGACGUGGGUUGAAACCUUCAGCGAUUUUGAAAAAUUACAAAGAAUUUUUGCCAAUCUUCUUGACUUCCGAAGAAGCGUUAAGUCUAUGACGGAAAGAUUAGAUGAAGCACUAGUGCGUAUAUUCUACUGUGUGCAACAACAUUAUUUCAAAGAAGAAAUUGAGCUGCUAUUGAAGAAUAGAGAAUUGCCAGCAAACAGUAAAUAUAAAAAUCUGAGCAUUUUUGUAGAAGAUACUUAUGGUGUUCCGCUACUACGUGUUGGUGGGAGAUUAGCGAAGGCUGCAUUACCAUAUGAUGCUAAACAUCAAAUUUUGUUACCGAAUAACUCAGAAAUAGUUUGCAGUUUUGUACGAUUUCUUCAUUUCAAAUAUUUGCAUGCUGGUACGCAAGCGCUUAUGGCUAUAGUUAGGCAGCGAUUUUGGAUAUUUCAUGCUAGAGGAGUAAUACGCAAAAUUACUGGUAGUUGUCUACAAUGCUUUAGAUGCCAUCCAAAAUUGAGUAAUCAGAUUAUGGGCGAUUUACCCUCUUCUAGAGUCACCGUAGCGAGGCCAUUCACUGUGACUGGAGUGGACUUUUGCGGCCCUAUUACAACAACGUAUCUACUUCGUGGGUACAGAACAACAAAAAGCUAUAUUGCUGUUUUUAUUUGUUUUGCCACAAAAGCUGUGCAUAUGAAGGUGGUCUCUGAUUUGACUGCAAAGGCUUUCCUGGCUUCAUUAAAAAGAUUUGUAGCUCGACGCGGCUUAUGCUUAAAAUUAUUUUGCGACAAUGCCACUAAUUUUGUGGGUACUCGUAAAGAGCUCGAGGAAAUGAAAUGCAAGUUUUUUGAUCAACAAAUCCCCCACUUUGGUGGACUAUGGGAAGCGGCUGUAAAAUCAGCAAAAUAUCAUUUGGCUAGAAUAUUGGGUCAAUCGCAUCUUACAUUUGAAGAGCUGGCAACAGUGGUUGCGGAAGUAGAGGCAGUUUUAAAUUCAAGACCUUUGACAACCUUGUCUAACGACCCAAAUGAUGAAAGCGUUCUUACACCGCCACAUUUCUUAACAGGUGGUCCGUUGGUUGGAAUUGUGGAACCUACUGUGGAUAGCGAAGAAUGGUCUCAUAAAGAUAGAUGGCUACGAAUUUCGGCCAUACAACAACAUUUUUGGAGAAGGUGGUCGGCGGAGUAUCUUCAUGAACUUCAACAGAAAGUCAAAUGGACUAAGAAGCAGAAGAACCUUAAUGAAGGUGAUAUGGUGUUAGUUGCAGAAGAAAAUUUGCCUUCUAAGCAAUGGCUUAUUGGGAGAGUGCUGAAAGUGACAAGAGAUGCUAAAGGUUGGGUUCGAGUUGCUGAUGUAAAAACAAAGAAUGGAGAGAUUUUGUAUAACGCUGGCAGUAACGGCGAGGAUGGCUAUCAGAAAUACGAAGGUGUUGUUAAUAGGCAAGUUCUCAAAAAUUCUAUACCCGUUAUUGAUAAACUUCCAGGAUGA